UUUCCAUUCGUCGUCCUCGAGUGCUGGAAAAGUAUGAGCUGAAGCCGUGCUUUGACUCAAAACCGCAGAACGGAAGCUUACGGGAUUACCGGAAUCACCCUCCUCCGUCUGCUGAAUUUCUUCGUCCUCUGCCUCUUCAAUGUCCCAACUUUCUCGCGGUUUGCUUUAAAAGGACUGCAUUGCCUCUCCACUGCCAUCGGCAUCUCUGGCAAUUUGUAGUGAGAAAGUAGUGAGAGAAACGGGAGGGAGGAAGAGAGAGGCAGCCAUGGCUGCACCAACAGAGCAACCACUCUUGACUUCAUACCAGAUGGGAAAGUUCUCACUUUCCCAUAGGAUCGUGUUAGCACCAUUGACAAGACAAAGAUCCUACGGGAAUAUGCCUCAGCCUCAUGCCAUCCUGUAUUACUCCCAAAGAACUACAAAGGGUGGUCUUCUAAUCAGUGAAGCCACAGGUGUCUCAGACACUGCCCAAGGCUAUACUGAUACACCUGGAAUUUGGACGAAGGAACAAGUGGAGGCAUGGAAGCCAAUUGUUAAUGCUGUUCAUGAGAAGGGUGGUAUAUUCUUUUGCCAGAUUUGGCAUGUUGGAAGAGUUUCUAACACUGGCUUUCAGCCUAAUGGACAGUCUCCAAUUUCAUCUACUGAUAAGCCACCAAGGAGUAUGACGGGUAUGGGUGACUUCUCUCCACCUCGUCGGCUGAAGACAGAAGAAAUCCCCGAAAUUGUCAAUCACUUCAGACUUGCCGCCAGGAAUGCCAUUGAAGCUGGCUUUGAUGGAGUCGAGAUCCAUGGAGCCCAUGGAUAUCUGUUGGAACAAUUCAUGAAGGACAAUGUGAAUGACCGGACAGAUCAGUAUGGAGGCAGUCUAGAGAAGCGUUGCCGCUUCGUGCUAGAAGUAGUUGAAGCAGUUUGUCAAGAAAUUGGAGCAGAUAAGGUUGGCAUAAGGCUUUCACCUUUUUUAGAUCAUGCAGAUGCAGGGGACUCAGAUCCUGAAGCUCUCGGCCUCUACAUGAUGGAAGCACUGAACAAGUAUGGGCUUGUCUAUGCACAUGUAGUGGAACCAAGGAUGGUCUUGACUGGGGAGACAAUGCAAACUCCACAUAGUCUGCUUCCAUUUAGAAAAGCCUUCAAAGGGACUUUCAUUGCUGUUGGUGGGUAUGAAAAGGAAGAUGGAAACAAAGCAAUUGCUGAUGGUUAUGCAGAUUUAGUUGCAUUUGGUAGACUAUUCUUGGCAAACCCAGACCUGCCUCGGAGAUUCGAGCUAGAUGCCCAUCUCAAUAAGUACGACAGGACUACCUUCUACACAUCAGAUCCAGUCUUUGGGUAUACUGAUUAUCCAUUCUUUGAAGAGGUCUAGACUGUAUACAGAUAUUCUUUGUGAAGUGAUUGGUUGUUCUGGUUUGUAAUCUUUUUCUGUCAAAACCGGAGUUGCUAUGGGGCAGUUGGGGUCUAUCGGUUUAAAUACCAGAGUCCAGUAUGGGAGUGAGUUAGGUCUUUAUAAAAGAGUCGUUAGGUUCAUGUGAAUUCGAGCACUAUUAUUUACAAAUUUUUAUGUGCUACUCUGUUUCAAGGAGAUUCCAACACAUGAAAUGUUACAGAUGAGUUCAGUUCCUGCUACUGUGUAAGAAACCAUGCUGUGUAUAAAGCAUUCUUGUCUCA